AUGCUCGACAGUAGCAGUGUUACUGAGGAUGCAAUAUUGGAGCCUGGUGUCGACGAAGGCAUUACCCGCACUGUAAAUGACGUUCUGCUUGGCGUUCGCACGCCGACAGAGAGGGAUGAAAGCUCUUCAAUCGUUACACUCGAGGAUAGCUCAUCAGUCUUUAGUGACACACAAGAGCACGUCGUUCGCAAUCGUCUUCAAUCCGUCAGAAAUAAUCCCACUUCUCCCGUGUGUACUUUUGCUGCACUCCUCUCGCCAUAUCUGGAUACGGCUACUUGGAGCGCGUUACGCCUGACAAAUCGUGCCUGGUACCUCGCUUUAGGCGUUGCAGCACCACCGACGUUUCCGAGCUCGUACCACCUUCCGGUGGAAAUACUUCACUACGUAUACGAUUACCUUAGUCCAAAGGACUUCAAUGCCGUACGCCAUACUUGUCAGCACUGGAUGCGGGCAAGUCUUGAUAAGAAACUGCUGACUACGAUGCUAAGAAGAGGUGGCUGGCUGAGUGGCGCUGAGGAUACCAACUGUAGAGCCCGCAGUGUUUCUUCUCAUCCCAUCGCAGACACUGUUUCGCAAAGCAAGGAAUGGUUACUCAGUCGGCACCUUUCUCGGCAGUGUGCAUUGUCAUCUGGGUGGACCGGGAACGGACUGGACACCAGAGUCGCCAUUACAGAAAGAUCCGAAGUCGACUUUUCUGAGCUAGCCAACGGACAUGCAGGUGGUUUGGUAUUUGCCACAAGUCUCUGCAGCAGAUUCGUGUGCGUAGCACGAGAGACUCUAAUCUACAUCUACGACCUAGAUAAUGGCGUUCCUGUCCCUAUCACGAGUGUCAUCUGUCCAAGAAGGGUCCUCGAGGUAAGCAUGGACGUCUCUUCUGGCCGACACGCAAUCGCGGCCCUCCUCGAAGGACGCAUGGGUCUAGUUUGCGAGCUCCAUUAUGGUCGCACAAUUAGAGGCAACGAUCCUGUUGAGGUUCACGUUGACGUUGAUGGCCAAGAGAAGGGCACCGCAUCAGCAUCUAUCCAGACCAGCUGUGUCAACGACUAUGAGACCGGCGACCACCUGUACUUUCUUUCACCAAGACCAGGCUUUGAAUCGGCCAAGAAGCUGCGUCUCAUAUCUAGUGCAGCUCAUCCAGAAGACCGGCCCGCCAUUAGCCGUAAAUUCUUUGGUCGCCCUACUAUGAGCGCUUUCUGGGGUUCAUUUGGGUUUGAAUCUGCGUCGAACCAACCAGGAUCGCCGAACUGCGAUCACUAUCAUGCUGUUCCCUUGAGCGACGGAUAUCACAUUCUGUUCAUUGACCCAGCCAAUGGCCUACUAACAUUAGGCUGCGACGCACCGCUUAGUGGACCCACGAAACUCCUUCGCAAGAUCACAUUCAUCCCACCGGAAAAGUAUAUGGUACCAAGGCUGUACAUCGCGGCUGCGGACUUGUCUCAGGGUGUUCGCGUCGUUGUGACUUACGGCGAAACCCUCGUGUUGUAUAGCGUUCCCCCGGAUGUCAUUCAACUAUCACAGAUGGAGCAAAAUGUUAAGAGCUGGGAGUCUUACACUGCCUCUACGAACCUAACAUUGAGGCACCAGAGGGAUCAUUGGCUCAACUAG